AUGGACACGACGCUCGCAAUAGAGGACUUCACGCAGUGCCUGGAUCCCUCCGAGGAUGCAUCACAGGGCCAGCAGGCCGGCUCGCUGGUGCUUGUGGCGGAGGGCGGUGAGCAGCGUCGCUUCCCCCUCUUCUCCGGCGCCAACAUCGUCGGCCGGGCCCCGCCGGCCCUGGUGUCAGAGGCGCAGCGGGAAGAGGAGUGGGCGGCGGCCUGCAACCUGCCCGGCGGCGCCCAUGGCGUCUUCAUCCCGGACCCGACUCUGAGCUCGCCGCACGCGCUGGUGGCUGUGGAGGGGGCCUUCUGCCGCGUGAAGGACCUCGGGAGCCGCAACAAGGCGCGCGCCAAUCGAUCCUCCAAGUAA